AAGCACUAUACUAAAAUCCAAUAUUUUGGGCAUUAAUUCAAAGAGCCAGCUUGGAAGCUCUCUUGCUUUCAGUCAUCGCGAUACAAUACGCACCUUCCGACUUUUCUUCUUUCUCAUCGGUACUCCAAAACCCCAUAAACGUUUCAGGUUAAACCUUUUAGUUUUUUGCCUCUUCUUUUGUUCUACCACGAUUGCACACUAUAUGUUUGAUGAAAAGCUUGAAUGGCUCUGCAGCAUGUAAUUUUGAUUGUUCAUUGCUGGUUCUUUAUUUAAGGGCACGCUUUUCUUAUAUAUUGUUUAGCAGGUUGAACAUAGUUGGUGAAUCAAUUUUCUUUCUAGAUUUCUACACCUUCUACCCUCCAACUUUUCUUCUAUCUCUUCAAUACUCCACAACCCAAUAACGCUUCAACUUUCAAGGAAUUUCACUGCCAGAAACGUUCAACAUUAUGGCGACUGAAACUGACUCUAAAGAUAGCUCUCUCGUCCUGCUCAAACAAGGAGCUGAAGCUAGGAUUUUUGAGUCUUCUUUUGUGGGAAGGAGGUCUGUUGUCAAGGAACGUUUCUCAAAGAAGUACAGACAUCCAACUUUGGAUUCCAAAUUGACACUCAAGCGCUUAAAUGCGGAGGCGAGAUGUAUGACCAAAGCAAGGAAGCUUGGGGUUUGUACACCCGUGCUGUAUGCUGUGGAUGCUGUGUUGCACACUUUAACAUUUGAGUAUAUUAACGGCCCUUCAGUCAAAGAUGUAUUUCUUGAAUUCGGGUCAGGUGGCGCCAAUGAAGAGAGUCUUGACAAAAUUGCAUCCCAAAUUGGUGUUGCAAUUGCAAAGCUACAUGAUGGUGGUCUUGUUCACGGUGAUUUAACAACAUCAAACAUGUUACUCAAGAAUGAUACCAAUCAGUUGGUUCUUAUUGAUUUUGGCUUGAGCUUCACUUCAACUCUACCGGAAGAUAAAGCUGUUGAUUUGUAUGUUCUGGAAAGAGCUAUUCUGUCGAUGCAUUCUUCAUGUGGAAAUGUGAUGAAUCAAAUACUAGCUGCAUACCGCAAGUCAUCAAAGCAGUGGUCAUCCACAAUGAACAAGCUGGCACAAGUGCGGCAAAGAGGACGGAAGAGGACCAUGGUUGGAUGAAGCUUUCUGAAUUUUGAUUUCAUUAUUGACAUAUAAAAGAGAUGACAAUUAAUGAAUGUUACGUGAUUUAUCUUUAUGUUUUCUCUCUAUUUUCGUAUGAAUUUAAUUUAUAUACAUUGUCAAUAUAAACUAUUUUUAUGCAAAUAUCCAAUAAGAUUUGACCAUUUUACCA